GCGGAAGUGGGAAGUAGGAAAAGUCGUACAGCUGUUGCUCGGUGGCUAACAGAGGAGCUAACAGGGGGGGGUGAGCUAACAGGCGAAACCUCCGCGGUGGAAAAAAGAAAAAAAGAUCCGGUUCACUAAAAAAAACAAGACGCCGCGACUGAUACGUUGACACGUCCGCAUCCGAGAUGGGGAAAGGCGGAGGCACGUUCGAGAGGCUUCUGGAUAAAGCCACCAGUCAGUUGCUGCUGGAGACUGACUGGGAAUCCAUCUUGCAGAUCUGUGAUCUCAUUCGACAAGGAGACGCACAAGCUAAGUAUGCUAUCGGGGCCAUUAAGAAGAAGCUGAAUGACAAAAAUCCCCACGUGGCCCUCUAUGCUCUUGAGGUCCUGGAGUCAGUGGUGAAGAACUGUGGCCAGACAGUCCACGAUGAGGUGGCGAGUAAACAAACUAUGGAGGAACUGAAGGAGUUACUCAAGACGGAACCGAAUGUCAGGAACAAGAUCCUGUACCUGAUCCAGGCCUGGGCUCAUGCCUUCCGCAACGAACCCAAAUAUAAAGUGGUCCAAGACACUUAUCAGAUCAUGAAAGUGGAAGGUCAUGUGUUCCCCGAGUUCAAGGAGAGCGAUGCGAUGUUUGCAGCUGAGAGAGCCCCUGACUGGGUUGAUGCUGAGGAGUGCCACCGGUGCAGAGUCCAGUUUGGAGUUAUGACAAGAAAGCACCAUUGUCGAGCCUGCGGCCAGAUUUUCUGUGGCAAGUGUUCGUCGAAGUACUCCACCAUUCCAAAGUUUGGCAUAGAGAAGGAAGUGCGUGUAUGUGAGCCCUGCUUUGAGCUGCUUAACAACCACCCCUCCCUCUCUCCUCCACUUAGGAAAGCUGAAGGGAAAGCCCCCACCCCAGGCCCUGUCGAGCUGCCUCCUGAGUACCUGACCAGCCCGCUGUCUCAACAAUCCCAGGUAGAAAUGCCUCCCAAGAAAGAUGAGGCAGCCCUGCAGGAGGAAGAGGAGCUGCAGCUGGCCAUUGCGCUUUCCCAGAGCGAGGCCGAGGAGAAGGAGCGUGCGAGGCAUAAGAACUCCUACUCGAUGUAUCCCAAAGCGGAUCCCACUCCAGUGACUUCCUCAGCUCCACCAGUCAGCACGCUCUACACUUCUCCUGUGAACUCCUCUGCUCCAUCAGCUGAAGAUGUAGACCCUGAGCUGGCUCGCUACCUGAACAGAACAUAUUGGGAGAAGAAGCAGGAAGAGGCUCGCAAGAGUCCCACCCCCUCAGCUCCCGCCCCUGUGCCAUUGGCUGAACCGCUUCCACCAAUCAGUCAGCCAGUAGAAAUUCAUGUCCCUGUCCAGCCGGUCAGCAUAGUGGAGCAGCAGUACCAGAACGGUGAGUCGGAGGAGAACCACGAGCAGUUUCUGAAGGCUCUGCAGAACUCCGUCACCACCUUCCUGAACCGCAUGAAGAGCAACCACAUGCGCGGGCGCAGCAUCACCAACGACAGUGCUGUGCUCUCACUCUUCCAGUCCAUCAACAACAUGCAUCCACAGCUGUUGGACAUCCUCAACCAGCUGGAUGAGAAGCGAUUGUACUAUGAGGGGCUGCAGGACAAGUUGGCUCAGGUGCGCGAUGCUCGGGCAGCCCUCAACGCGCUCCGGGACGAACACAGAGAGAAGCUGCGUCGUGCCACAGAGGAAGCGGAGAGACAGAGGCAUAUCCAGCUAGCACAAAAACUGGAGAUCAUGAGGCAGAAGAAACAGGAGUACCUGGAGAUGCAGAGACAGUUGGCCAUCCAGCGUCUCCAGGAGCAGGAGAAGGAGAGGCAGAUGCGUCUGGAGCAGCAGAAGCACACGAUCCAGAUGAGGGCCCAAAUGCCUGCGUUCUCUCUGCCCUACGCUCAGAUGCAGUCUUUGCCCCCCAAUGUGGCGGGAGGGGUCGUGUACCAGCCCGGUGCUCCACCCAGCUAUCCGGGUACCUUCAGCCCUGCUGGUUCUGUGGAGGGUUCGCCUAUGCACAACAUCUAUAUGAACCAGCCUGGGCAGACUGCACCACCACAAUACCAGGCCAUGCCCAGUGCUGCCCCAGAUCCCAAUAUGGUAAAUGCAUACAUGUACCAGGCUGCAGGCAGUAAUGGGCAGCCUGCUCCUCCGCCUGGUCAGGCUCCUCCCACAACUAGUCCACCCUACUCCAACUAUCAGCCCACACCCACACAGGGCUACCAGAAUGUGGUCUCCCAGGCCCAGAGCAUGCCCCCGAUGCCCCAGCCUGCCCCCGCCAACGGUAUGGGUUACAUGGGCUACCAGCCAUACGGCAUGCAGAACAUGAUUUCAGCAUUACCAGGACAGGACCCCAAUAUGCCCCCACAACAGCAGUACAUGCCUGGCCAGCCGCCCAUGUAUCAACAGGUGGCUCCCCCUGGCGGCCCACAGCAGCAACAGCAGCAGCAGCAGCAGCAGCAGCAGCAGCAGGUCCCUCAGGCUGUGCCUGGCAGCGCAGAAGCACAGCUCAUCUCCUUCGAUUGAAAGCCCACAUGCUGCAGGGUCUGACACACUACACCCUCUCUCCUCCUUUGGUCUGUCCCCUCACUCUCCGGACUCUCCGCCCUCUGGAAACACACGCACACACCUCCCACCUUGCUGUGAUGUUGUGGCAAUGUAAACUAUUGUGAUGAUGUUGCAGAACUGUCGCUCUCUUUGCCUCUCCCCCACUGUAGUAUGGGUAUGCAGGGUGAAGCUGCAAGAGAGGGCACCGUAACCCUUUCGCCCUCUUCCUCCCUCUUUCCAGCUGAUAUGUAUGUAGUAUGUCCUUAUUAAAUGACUAACUGAAGGUCAGAAAUAGUCAGUGGUAUUAAAGGAAAGUAUGAUAAUAAUUGAGGACAAAAAAGACAAGACAUAACCAUCCGUUGUCUCAUAUUUUUCUAAAGCAAGAUCUGCAUGUUAAAGUUUCAUUAUUUUCUGAAAUUUAGGUGAAUUAUUGCAACGUGGGUGUGAUGUCUUAAGCCUGAAAUGUUUGGCUCUAACUCAAAUCUCCAUCAUGGCUGCAGGUUCCAUUCCUUGUUAAGCGCACACAAACUGAGGACAUCUUGUUUCGGCAUUAAUUUGUUGUGCACUGCUUGGAUUAACAAGUGUCUUUGUGUACUUUCUUAAAAUAAUGAAACCUAUUUCAGGGAUUGGGCAUUGUGGGGGGAGUGUUAGAAAAUUAGCUGGGUGGUUGUUUAAUCCUCAAUAACUAUAGUUUCACAAGUUUAAUUAAUUGAAAUGACACAGCUCGUCAAAACGAACUACAGCAGCUCUAGUAGCAGCCUGCAUCUCUCUAUUAAAAUGAUUUGUGUUGCUGAUGCAAGUAAAUUAACCUAUAAUUAACUGAAAAUGACCUCCGGCCACCGUCUGCAUUGGGUUGUAGCUGUCACAGAUGAGGACAUUUAUGUAGUAAAUAAAGGUGGGGGCUCGUUUCUAAAGUGUACUUUACUUUCCAGAAAUGUGGAAAUGCUAGCAGAGCAAACAUUAUGUGCCGCAUGUAUUUAUGUAUCACGCACCCAAUCAGUAAUUUCUGUAACUCUUCAGUUGCCAUCUGAACUUCUUUAUUGCAUCAUACUGAUCUGUCUGACUUUAAAAGUAAUUUUAAAAUUAUAUUUAAUAAAUAUCUGGUUCUUAUUGUCCACUUGCUUGAA